AGCAGCUCGAAUAAAAGAAAAAGCAACUUUUCCUUUACUAUUUUAAGUCCGCUGAAGCAUGCUCGUAUAGAAGAAAAAGCAGUGUCUGUCUCCACUAAAUCUCUGCUCCUUUGUUAGUCUCUCCAGACUAGACAUCGAGAUCGAGAUCGAGCAUGGGGUACUUCCUCGAUGUGUUGCGCUUCAUCUUCCGCUACGGAGAUGACGACGACGCUUUCGAUCUAUUAAACGCGACGACCAGCAGCAGCAGCAGCACCAGCCAUCGCGUCGAGGAUUUGCCGUUCCUUCAAAGAAAUUCCUCAUCGUCGGAGUCGUAUCCUUCAACUACGACCUUACUGUAUCCGUGGAAGUCUUCAGUGGCUUCUCCGCCGUUAAAUGCUUCUGUUUCUCCGUCCCCCGCUUUGCUAUCUAGGUUUUCCACCGCCUCCGGUCCUCUCUCAUCGAAUCAGCCUAAUGAUUCUGCCCCAAAAGUUUCUUCCGGGCACUCUUCCGGAGCUUCCCGAUCUUCUUCUCCCCCACCGAAAUCGAAGACUUUGCCUUUAAGUCCACAAUCUUCUUCUCACCCAUCGGAAUCGAAGACUUUACCUUUCAGCUCACAGUUCCAACAGGCUGAUGCCAGUAGGAGAUCGUCGGGAACAACCACGAGCAAGCAAAAGCACACGCCUGACGCAAGAGACGGAAAUCCUGAACUCAAUGGGAAAAUUUCUGCCAAGGUGCCUGAUUCCACUCACAUUUGGGUCAUGCAUCAGGCCUCAACGAAGCCUUCUAAACCCUCCUUAAAUGCUUCUGCUUCUCCCUUGACCUCUUCAGUCUCAUCCAAACAUCCUGUAGUCGCCGAUCCUCUUUCAUCGAAGUGUUCUUCUGUACUCCCUGCCUCAUCAUCGCAUGGGCCUUCCACUCAAGUCUUGAUCAAGCGUCAAUCGACCUUGAAUUACCAUGACAAAUCUUCGCUUUUGCCAUCAACUACUCUUCCAUCAAAUACCUCCAACUUCACAGAUACGUUUGCUUCCUUUUCCCAAAAGCAACAGAAACGGACACCUGAGACAAACCGUGAUGAUUCUACUAGGGACUACUCAUUCCAACCUCGUCCAUUUUUCGAAAAACGCACACUCGCUGAAAUAUACGAGAUUCCUGAGGAUAUCGAGGAGUUGAUCAAGAACGAUAAGUUGCCUGCAAUGAUGCCAUUAACCCCACACGGUUAUGCUGAUUAUUUCCGUACUUUGCUUUACGCAGAAGACUAUGAACUCGAGAAAUGGAGCGAAUAUUUAUUGGAAGGAGUUACUCUUGAGUUGCGAGAAAAUAAAGACUCUAAAAUUCAUAAUUUGAGAGAGAUUUCUAAGACAAAAAGCAGUCGGAAUGAUCAACAUUCUUUGGUAGCAUUUGAGAUUGAUGCUGUUCCUGAAAGAAGGCCUUAUCUUUUAUCAAGAGAUUUUGUCCUUGUACGGCCCUCAGACCAGAUAUCUGCGGAACCUUUCAAGGGAGUCAUUGUUUGUGUGGUAAAGAGCAGAACUGUUUUAGUAGAGUUUGGACGCGAUUUUCACAAACAACAUUCAUCAAUGAAAAAGUAUAAUGUUAGCUUCUCCUUCAAUAGAGUUUGCUUGAAAAGAUCUCAUAUUGCAAUCUCCGCUGCAACAAAUCCUUUGCUGUGUAUGAUCCUCUUCCCAAAUCCCGAAGGCAUUACUGAUUAUGCAAGCUCGGAUGGGAACAUGGUUUCUCCAACCAUCCAGCCUUCCAUUAAGCAUCAUCAUGUAAUUCGAAGAAUCCUAAACCGUAAAGGUCUUGUCCCCUAUCUCAUAGAAGGACCCCUCGCCUACGAGUUUGGGGAACUCACCGCCACUGGGAAAUUUAUUCAAGAAGCAGUCAUCCAAAUACACAGGAAUGUUGUUAGCUCCAAAAUACUUAUAUGCACUCCUAGGAACAUGACGUGCGAUGCAUUAAUGAGGAGUUUGCUCGACGAGAUUCCAAAGACCAAGUUGUUCCGAGCUAAUGCUGCCUUCCGAGACAUGGAACUUGUGCCAGAUGACAUUAUGCCAACGUGCCUGUUUAAAGGGGAGUGCUUCACUUGCCCUCCUGUCGAUGAGCUCAGAGAAUUCAACAUUGUGUCUUCCACCUACAUGAGUAGUUUCAGACUUCACAAUGCUGGAAUUGAAGCCAACCAUUUCAGUCACAUUUUCUUGGUGGAUGCAUCUUCUUCGAUGGAGCCUGAAGCGAUUGUGGCUCUUGCAAAUCUAGUUUGUGAGAAGACUGUCAUCGUAAUUACAGGUUCAAUGGAUGACUUUCCACGUUGGGUGAGAUCAAGAAUAGGGAGGGGAGGGAAUGGACUGAAGAGAUCAUUGUUCCAUAGGCUUAUGGGGAUUAAGCCCUACUCUUCUAUGGAUUCUAAUCAUGCAGCCAGAAUUAGAUCUGGCUAGCUGAAUGUAUAUAGUAAAAUUAUUGUACGUCUUUUCAUAUAUGAAAUAAGUCGUAUUUGUAUAUUGAUCCUCA